AUGGUCGUAUUGAACGUUGGUGUGGGGGCAAUCUAUGCAGUGUGCCUGCUGUGGGUCAGCCGGCCCCUCGUUCGUGUGAUGAGCUUCCUGCUGGGGGUGCUCGGCUUCGUGUUGAGUGCGCCACAAGCUGUAGUGCGGAUCAACAAUCCGACCAUCCUUCCAUCACAGGACAUUUUGCUUCUCACGUCUUUCGUACUUGGAGAUGUGAUGAAUCACAUCGCCCUGCUCAUGAUCAUCUACUGGGACAUUUGCAGAGAGUCUGUUAUGUUGAUUUUCGCACUGGAUCCCGUGAAGAAAGCCAGGAGUUUGAGGUUGUCUUUCGGCGCCGGCUUCGGGUUCAUGCUGAGUCAAGUCGUGGUCCUCGGCACGUUUCUGCCGCUUAUGGCAGUCCUGGAGGACAUGUCCAGGGCCUUAGCUAUCAAGAUCUUCUACAUUGGGCAGGUGAGCUUCAUCUUCGGAUGCAUGCCCCCUGUGGCCUUUGGCCUUCUUGCGAGGAAUUUGCACAAGCUUUGGGCCCAGUUGCCACCGGAUCUUCCGAGGAGACUGGUUCACCGUCUAAGGUACACCCAGUUGGGCCUCUACCUUCUCUUGCUGGUAUGCACUGUGUACGCGCCGAGUGGGCUCUUGCCGGCGUUCAUACCCGAGCUGAAUCGGUUGGCAGGAUUCAUCUAUACUUACGUCAUCAUGCUUGCUGCGGGCUUCGUGGUGUUGAUUUUGCUGGUCGGGGAAGUGACAUUGACACUAAAGCAGCUGCGAAGCAACGCUCGCCAAACGCAGCCUCUUGCUGCGGAGCAGAUGGUCAAGAUAGUAAAGGCUGGUGCAGAAAGUCUUCGAUGCCUGGAGGAUCGCCCACACGGCGUACAAACUCCUGUCUGGCAUCGUGGGCUAGAGCACUCCAUCAUGCAAGGCUUCCUGCAACUGGCUGCUGAAGCGGACGAGGACGGUAAGAUUGCAGACGAGUUCCUGAAAACGAGUGAGUUAUGCCAGACACAUGUCAAGCCGCUGACCGCUGCUGCGCGUUGCUCUGCCUGGGAGGCGCUGAAUGCAGGAUGGAGUUCUCAUCGACACCAUCUCUCUUGGCACCUGAACACACCGACAGUCAUGGUAAGCCACUGUUGGGCGAGCCCUUUUCAGGAUGUCGUGAAGAUCAUGAGGCGCUACGAUGAAAACACGAACAAGAGCAACUUCUUUUUCUUCGAUGUCUUCAGCAUGAAUCAGCACGACCUUUCCGAUCUUUCGGGACCUGAUUCCAGGGACCGGUCUGGACAAGAUAUGUAUGACGUGAUGCUAGAGGCUCUGACAAACUCGAUCCGCACGCCUCGUCGCGUGUUGUUGGCGUUGACACCUCACCACGAACCGCAGCUGCUUUCACGAUCUUGGUGCUUGUACGAAAUAUAUAUUGCACAGAAGCUGAAGGCGGAGGUCUCUUGUGGGUUUGUUCCAGCCGCAGAGCAACAGGUCAUUCAAAGCUUACAGCAGGGCGAUGCGCUGAUCGAGCAUAUGCUAAACAAAGUGGAUGCUGAGAAGUCGCAGGCCACUGUGGAGUCCGACCGUCUCAUGAUACUGGAGCUCAUCCAGAAGGAUGGCGUGAGCAACUUCAACCAGUUUGUGCGAGAAAAGUUCGCGGCUUCACUCCGGCUGGUGGCAUUGACAACAGUGCCAAGCGAUGUCGUGGAAGAAGCUGUGGUUUUGCCAGAUCGAACGGUUGUGACAAGAAGUCACUUCCUUGGUAUCCUUGCCCGCAGUAAGUCGGAGUUAACGGAUAGAGAUUUUGAGGAGAUUUUUCAGAUUUGA